GUCAACAGCCGCCUCUCGUCACACUCUCCUUGCGUACGCACGUUGCGUAACUCACCCGGACACACACACACACACACAGAGAGACAUCAUGGCGGACGUGUUGGAUCUUCAUGAAGCGGGAGGAGAGGACUUUCCUAUGGAUGAGGAUGAAAGCAUCCACAAGCUGAAGGAGAAAGCCAAGAAGAGGAAAGGACGAGGCUUCGGCUCAGAGGAAGGAGCCAGGUCCAGAAUCAAGGAGGACUAUGAUACCGUGGAACAGGACGGGGACGAGCCAGGUCCUCAGAGAUCUGUGGAGGGAUGGAUCCUGUUUGUGACGGGUGUACAUGAAGAGGCCACUGAGGAAGACAUCCAUGACAAAUUUUCAGAGUUUGGAGAAAUCAAGAAUCUGCACCUCAACCUUGACCGCAGGACAGGCUACCUCAAGGGGUACGCACUGGUGGAGUAUGAGACGUACAAAGAGGCCCAGGCAGCCAUGGAAGGGCUCAACGCUCAAGACAUGAUGGGCCAGCCUAUCAGCGUCGACUGGGGAUUUGUCAGAGGGCCCCCAAAGAACAAGAGGAGGACUGGUGGACGGCGACGCAGCAGAAGUCCGGACAGGAGGCGGCGUUGAGUUUGGCAGGUGUCAUCGGCCGAAGAGGGCGUCUGCUGUCACUCAGACAUGCGGUUUACGAUCUGCUCAUCUUCUCAUACGAUGCUAGUUCCCGGGAUUUUUGUACGAUAUUUACAGUAACAUUUGUAUGGCAUGUGCGAUUUC